CUCUUUUUUUCCUCUCCUUCCCCAAUUCUCCAAUAAACUUUCCUUUUGGUUUAAAGAAGGCAGUGGUCGCCUCCGGUUUCAUACUCCUUGCCUUUGCCUUUGCCCUUUGACAACUUGUUGCCAAGUCGCACAGCAGAGCGCAUCAUAUUAACCGCUGCUUUUCCCACCUAGACUGGUGCUUGCUUCACGUCCUAGUCCCGAUCCGUUUGCUCUAGAACUCUUGAAAUCAACGUCGAAGAACUUCGACCUCGCAAAUCCCGAACCGUAGAACUCGAACAUUCUCAGCGCGACUUGUUUCUCUCCCUCGACUCUCUCUCGAGUGCCAAAAUGACGAAACCGACAAAGCCAAAGUUGCCCGCGAAGCAGCUGGCCAUUCUGGCCGUUGCGCGAUUUGCGGAGCCUCUCGCCCUCACUUCCGUCUUUCCAUACCUCCCCGAGAUGAUUCGCAGUUUCGGCGUUGAGCAGAACGAUGUCGCAAAAUGGGCCGGUAUUACGUCCGCCGUGUUCUCCCUCUCUCAGAGUGUAACAGCGGUGCCUUGGGGUAGAGCUUCCGAUAGAUUUGGAAGAAAGCCAACCAUCAUCGUCGGUCUCCUAUCGACAAUGUUCUUCUUCUGUGUCUGGGGUGUAUCAACAAGUCUGCCCAUGGCAAUCGCUGUGAGAGCUAUUCUCGGAAGUGGAAACGGAAAUGUUGGCAUUAUUCGCACCAUGGUCGCAGAGAUGGUGCCAGAAAAGGAACUGCAACCCCGCGCGUUUUCGAUUAUGCCUCUAAUCUGGUCCGUUGGCUCAAUUUUCGGCCCGGCAUUUGGCGGAUUCUUCGCCAGGCCUGCCGAUCGCUUCCCCGCCGUCUUUGGCAACAGCUGGUUCUUCAAGGUGUAUCCAUUUGCCCUGCCGAACUUCAUCGCUGCGGUCUUCUUCUUCAUCUCUGUCACAACCGCCACUCUUUUCCUUAAGGAGACGCUGGAAAGCAAGCGCCACAAGCCCGACUGGGGUCUCCUGAUGGGCGAGCGCAUCACUCGCUCAUUACGCCGCUCUCGUUCUCACCACCACCACCAUGCCAGAGCCAGACGCACCUCAUUUGUUGACGGUGAGGCUACCGCACCUCUGGUGCCUCACAAGACCCCCCCAACACACCCGGUCGAGGACAACAAGGCCCUGGAGGCACCCAGCAUGAAAGAGGUCUUCACUUCCCAGACGAGUAUCAACUUGCUUUGCUACACCUUCCUCGCUCUCCACUCUGUGGCAUUUGACCAGGUUCUCCCGGUGUUUCUGAAUUAUCCCAAGCAGGAGCACACCCCGGAAAACACGAACCUGCCCUUCCAAUUUUCCGGUGGUUUUGGUCUCGAUUCUGGCCGUAUCGGUACCAUUUUCACCAUCUAUGGUAUCACUUGCGGCGUGAUCCAGUUCUUUGUCUUCCCACCUCUGUGCAACUACUUUGGUGUCUUGCGCAGUUUCCGAGCAUGCGCCGUGACUUUCCCCGUCGUUUACAUUGCGGCCCCCUAUGUAGUCCUCUUUGAAAGCACUGCUGGACGCUACACCGCUCUCUUGAUCGUCAUGUUCGUCAAAGCCUGUGCCGUCAUCAUUGGCUUCCCCUGCAUGACCAUUCUCCUGACCAACUCGGCCUCUUCGCUCCGUAUUUUGGGUACUCUCAACGGCUUCGCCACCAUGUUCAGCGGUUUCGGCCGUGCUUUCGGUCCGGCCGUUGCCGGAGCUGCCUUCAGCUGGGGUGUCGCCAGAGGCUAUAUGAUCACCGCGUAUUGGUUCCUCGCGCUCACUGCCAUCAUUGGCGCCAUUCCCAUCUACAUGCUGGUCGAUUACGAUGCUCUGACCCAGACCCCCGACACUAGCGAUGACGAGGACGAGAGCGUCAGCGACGAGGGCUACGCCAGCGACGGCAGUGUCGUUGCUUCUGGCAGCGGACAGGCCGCUUCGAAUGAGACGGCACCGUUAUUGGGUGCGAAGAAUGGGGCACCGGGAUACGACUCCGUCAGUCCCACGCGGUCUUAAGGUGACUAUCUAACCCCUUGGUGACCGACAUGCCGCUUUCAUACUCGUCGCAAGCGCGCAUUUGACGAUUCAGUCGAGAAUGAUACAAAAACGAAACGCUAUAUACGAGAUUCACGGCCAGCUCUUCUGAGGACUAAGUUUUUCAUUGGUCUUGAUUCGUGGCUCUGUUACCUUUGUUGCAUAUCUAGGACCAUCAUUGCCUGGCGUCUAGCAUUGCAGGUUCAGCAACGGCUUGUUUUGUUGUCAAUGAGGGCAUUGAUUUUGAGCAUGUUUGGGGCGGUUAUUAGAAGCAUCAUUAUUGUUUGGUUUCAUUGUCGGCAUUCGGACACAUCUACAUGGGCAUUGCUAUUUGCGAGUAGACGUUUUGAUCCAUUUAUAGGAGCUUAUAAUCACAUUUGUAUAAUGAACAAAACAAAACGAAAAAAGGUCGAUGAUAGUAAACUCAAAC